AUGGCGGACGAUGUGGAACAUUUCUUAGAGUUUGUCUUAAAAAGGUCCGAAGAAAUAAGUUUGCAGGAAAACGAAGACAUUCUCUCUGAACUAUUAAAACAUAUAGAUUUGCUUGGUAGGACAGUACAAUUACUGGAAGAAAUAAGAGAUUUUGUUGUGAAUGCUGGUGAGCCUGAUUCAGGGAAAUGGCAGCAAUUGGUGAACGUUUAUUGUGAAAUUGAAAGCGAAUUUAUUUGUCUCUACAAUCGCGAAGCAACUCGAAUUACCGUAACAUGCCAACAACUACCGUUGUUAAUUGAGGAAACUAAAUGUCCUGGCAGACUGGGUUAUCACAUUCCAAAGGAGAGUCUGGUACAAUUACGAGGACUUAAUUUUUCUUGGUGCAAGAUCUCGGAAAUGUUUCGCGUGUCAAGAUGGACUAUUAUGCGUCGCGUAAACGAGUAUGGCCUUUCAAAUUUGCAAAGGUUUUCCAUUAUUUCAGACGAAGGAAUUGACGAGAUUGUGAGGGAAUACAUUUCGCGUCAUGGUUCAACCACUGGUGAGCCAUUUAUGUCAGGCUAUUUUAGAUCAUUGGGUCAUCAUGUACAAAGGCGAAGAAUUAGAGCUUUUCUGAACAGGGUGGAUCCCGAACACACUGCUUUACGCUGGGGUGCUUUGGUAGCAAGACGAAAAUACUUUGUAAGGUGGCCAAAUUCUCUUUGGCACAUAGAUGGACACCAUUCCCUAAUCAGAUGGAAGUUUGUCAUUCAUGGUUGUUGUGAUGGUAAAUCUAGAAAAAUCAUGUAUUUGAAGUGCAAUACAAACAACUUAGCAGAAACUGUCCUGAGUCUGUUCCACAAAGCUAUCAAUGAAAAUCAUGGAUUAUGGCCAUCUCGUAUCCGCGUAGAUUAUGGUGUUGAGAAUGUGUUAGUUUGUGAUGAAAUGGUUGCUCAACAAGGUGAAGGACGGGGCAGUUUCAUAGCUGGUUCAUCCACAAGAAAUCAAAGGAUAGAAAGGCUUUGGAGAGACGUCUUUAGAUGUGUUUGCCAAUUCUUUUAUUAUACUUUCUAUGCUAUGGAACAGACAGCAAUUUUGGAUGUCGAAAAUCCAAUACAUCUAUUUGCAUUACAUUUAGUGUUUACUAGUAGAAUAAACACUGCUCUAGAUGAUUUUGCAGCAAUGUUCAAUAAUCAUCGUCUUUCAACUGAAAAUGGCUGGAGUCCUAAUCAGAUAUGGGUAAGUGGAAUGCUCAAUGAAAACAAUCCAUUACGUUUUAAUGGUGGACAGGAUGAUUCUGUUGUUGACCAACAUUAUGGCAAAGACCCUGAUGGCCCACAAUCUCUUUCAGAUGAUGGUGUUGUUGUUGAACCAGUGCAAGUUAUACAUGGGAGAGAAAUAUGAUUCUAUAUUGGAGCAAAUUGAUGUAAACAGAUCAUCAAAUAAAGCCGGUAUGGAUAUUUAUACUGAUGUUUUAACUCUAGUUGUGCAAAAACUGGAGGAAUACUUGUGACUGUGUUUUGUUCCACAGAAGCAAAAUUGUGUUGUAAAGUUUAGCUUGUAUUGCACAGGAACAAUAUUUUGAGAAAUAUAGUAUUGUACUAGCUUUAAGCCUGGUACUCACUGACAAAUUUGUUGGCAAUUUUCUCCCCCUGGCUGAUUGCUAAUGAAUGAGUGACAUUUAAAGGACUUAGAAAGUAUACUUACGAAAAGCGUACUUUUGUGCGCGAGUUCACUCAUUUGCACACGUCUUUCGUCAGGAAGAUAAAAUUGCUGACAAAAUCAUUGCUUGUGUGAAACAGCAAAGUAUGAAAAAAUGUUGAGAACUACCUAUAAAAGUCAGUUAAAAUUAUCAAACCAUAACGUAGGAGGUUUAAAGCUAUUGCACUAAAAUAAUUGUUGUGUGAUAUAUCGAGAAUUAUCAAGGCAUCAGUCGGCUACGACUUUGGUAGAUAAGACAACCUUGGCCUUGUGUCUCGAUAUCAC